UCUAUCGAAAAACGGAUUCACCAUAAUGCUGCUUUAUUUACCGCAUAGAAAUAUUCUACAUUUCAUACGGCAGAAUCAGCUCAAAUUUGGGUGAGGUGUACCCAGAAAAAUGAGAUCAGUCGGUCGGUUACCACAGAAUAUCAACCAUGCAUGUAUUCAAGCCUUGUCUGAUCCUGACUGCUGAUUGCUGAACACCAUCCCAAUACUAUAGUAUAUACAUAUCAAGCAAUGAGUGCCGAUCUUCCCGUCCUUGAUGAUGAAGUCACAAAAGGAUCACGCUUCAAGAACCGAGUUGUCAUCGUGACUGGUGGCGCAUCCGGAAUCGGCCGCGGGACAGUAGAACGAUUUGUCAAUGAUGGGGCAAAACACGUGUCUAUUUUCGAUUUGGAUGCAAACGCAGGAUCUGAAUUGGCUACGCAUCUCUGCGGAGCUGGUUGUAGAGUGACAUUCAACGCAGUGGACGUGUCGGAUAAGGCAAGGUGCAUUGAAGAGGUACAGAAGGUAGCGGAGCAAAAUGGCGGCGUCGUCCACCAUCUUGUCGACAAUGCCGCAUACUUUGACUGGAAAGGUUUGAAUGCUGAACAUGAAGACUGGCGAAGGACAAUGACGGUGAACGUGGAGGGUUAUGCCAACAUGGUCCAAGCAUGCUAUCCUUAUCUGAAGAAAGGUAAAGAUUGCACAGUCGUCAAUGUUGGAAGCAACUGCGCCCAUCGUGCACACCCGAAUCGUUGGACCUACUCAGCAAGCAAGGGCGCCAUCGUAUCCAUGACAAAAUGUAUGGCGUUGGACCUUGGAAAGUACGGCAUAAGGGUGAAUUCCGUAUCAGCUGGUUGGGUUUGGACAAAAGCGACUGUCGGGUCGAUUCCCCCGGAUGAGGUCGUAGAGGUGAAGAAACAAGCUGCAGGGUGCCACCUGAUCGGACGCGUGGCCCAUCCUAACGAGAUUGCGGCAGCCAUAACGUUUCUCAGCAGCCGUGAUGCAAGCUUUUUCACUGGAGCGGAUGUGCCCGUAGACGGCGGCCAUGGCGCGAUGAGCGGCGAGAGAUUUGGAUUUAAAACGCUCUGACAAAAUGUACCUGACUGAAAAGUAGAACAUUCAGAACUUAUCAGUUUAUUCCGAUUUCAAAACAAUAAAACCGUUUAGAAUUACAUGUACGCCUACGGCAUAAGCCGCUUGAGCCCCCACCCAUGCCCACUAUGCCUGAUGUGGCAAGGCUAUGCCCUUUAUUGUAUUAGUUUAAUAAACUUAACGCCACAGACGGCGUGCGUGUAUCUGGUCACUUCGGACUGGAUUUUGUUGUUUUAAAGUACGAUUUACCUAGUUUAAUGGUCGAAUGCAAUCCUCAAAUGUAACAGGAUAUAUAGAGUCAAACAUAAGCUUGAUCAAAUCAGCCGUAUUUUGAAAGUUCUUGCUUCCGAAGCCGAGACAAGACCACCAAUGAUUAGGUUGGAGGGUCGAGGCCCAUCAAUUAGACGA